AUUGUCUAAUUUUGUACACAAUUUAUGCCAAAAACACAAUCAUUUAAACAUCACUUCAUUUGAUCCCAAGAUAUGGCGAAAAGAAAACGCGCGAAGAGAUCACUGCUUACCACCGAUGACGGCAAUGGAGAUAACAAACAACAGCCACAGGUCUACGCGAAGAACUCAAUGGACAGAUUCGGUGAUGAUUUGUGUCAAAAGUUGUUGUCUUAUCUCUCAUUCGAAGAUCGGUUUCGAGUGGAAUGUGUGUCCAAACAGUUCCGGAGGACUGUCUUCGCGAGUGUUGUCAACAUUGUUAUCCGUCGACGGAUUAACACCGAAACGUUGGCCACAAUUGUCAUAAAGUGUCCGAAUAUUGAACGCCUGGACUGUCGAGGACUGAAAGAGUGCCCAAUGUUUGGACAUUACAUUCGGGAUGUGUUUCGCAUAUUUCGAGACAAUUGCCGCCAUUUGAAGCAAAUUGAGUGCGAUUUGUGUCAAAUCAGCGGCGAAUGGAUGCGUCCGUUCGCACCACUCGUCACAAGUGUUGAAAGCCAGAGGAAUUCAGACAAACGAGCGCUCAUUCAUUGCCACCGAUUGUCUCAUUUGUCGGUCCAACAAAUGUCAGACGUGUUCAACACAUCCGGAAGACUAUUGGCUAAGAAUUUGAUUACAUUUGCAGUUUGGGAGUAUUACUAUUACUUCGAUUACCGCCUAAUGUCUGCAUUCGUGGCACACAAUCAGUCGCUAAGAAGUCUGUCAUUACAUUCCAAUAGCAAUAACAGUAUCAAUGGAAUCGGGAAUCUAUUGUCACGAUUACCGCAAUUGCGACGAUUGUUCAUCACUUUGGAUGACUUUGACCACGAAGCCAAUAGUCAACGCUUUUUGGAUCCAUUGGAAUAUUGCCAUCGAUUGACGCAAUUAUCGCUCGAUUUCUGUCAUAUAAGUGACAAAUUAUUGUCCAAUUGUGGCAAACAUUGGCCACGACUUGAAGACCUGUCCAUUCGUUACGGCGAUGUGCGCCACAAGACUGUUGUCAAACAUUUGGGUCACUUCUCAAGACUACCGGCGCUGCAAACGCUUACACAAGUCUACGCGAAGAACUCAAUGGACAGAUUCGGUGAUGAUUUGUGUCAACAGUUAUUGUCUUAUCUCUCAUUCGAGGAUCGGUUUCGAAUGGAAUGUGUGUCUAAACAGUUCCGGAAGACUGUCUUCGCGAGUGUUGUCGACAUUGAUAUCUGUCGAUUAAUGAGAGGCAAAGAGAGUAAUAUCAUCGAAAAGUUGGCCACAAUUGCCAUAAAGUGUCCGAAUAUUGAACGCCUGGACUCUCGAGGAAUGAAUGAGUGCCCAAUGUUUCGACAUUACGUUCGGGAUGUGUUUCGCAUAUUUCGAGACAAUUGCCGCCAUUUGAAGCAAAUUGACUGCAAUUUAUGGCAAAACAGCGGCCAAUGGAUCCGUCCGUUCGCACCACUCAUCACAAGAGUCGAAAGCCAGAGGAAUUCAGACAAACGAGCGCUCAUUCAUUGCCACCGAUUGUCUCAUUUGUCGGUCAACCGAAUGUCAGACGUGUUCAACACAUCCGGAAGACUAUUGGCUAAGAAUUUGAUUACAUUUGAUGUGUGGGAGUAUUGUAUCUUCGAUUACGGCCUAAUGUCUGCGUUCGCGGCACACAAUCAGUCGCUAAAAAGUCUGUCAUUAAAAGCCAAUAACAUUGAAAUUUUCAUUGGAUUCGGGAAUCUAUUGUCACGAUUACCGCAAUUGCGACGAUUGGCCAUCACUUUGGAUGACUUUGACCACGAAGUUUGCGAACAGUUGACUACACAGGCAUUGAACGACUCGUUGCGUACGAUUGGCUUGAAUUGCAAACAAUUGAAACAAUUGUCGCUCACAUUCGUUAACCCAUUGACCGACGAAACUAAUGGCCAGACUUUGCAUUCGUUGCGAUAUUUUUCGGGAUUAAAACAUUUAAAUAAAUACCCGAAAGACAACGUAAUGGAGGAUCUGUUGGCCAAAAGUCUUAAGCUUAAGACUAUUGAAAUCGAUGCAAACGAUGUGUCAAAGUUUUAUUGCCGUAAGAAUAGUUUCCCACAAGUCUACGCGAAGAACUCAAUGGACAGAUUCGGUGAUGAUUUGUGUCAACAGUUGUUGUCUUAUCUCUCAUUUGAAGAUCGGUCUCAAAUGGAAUGUGUGUCCAAACAGUUCCGAAGGACUGUCUUCGCGAGUGUUGUCGACAUUAAUAUCUAUCGACUAUUGAGAGGCAAAGAGUGGGGAAUCACCAGAAAGUUGGCCGCAAUUGCCAUAAAGUGUCCGAAUAUUGAACGCCUGGACUGUCGAGGAAUGAAUGAGUGCUCAAUGUUUCGACAUUGCAUUCGGGAUGUGUUUCGCAUAUUUCAAGACAAUUGCCGCCAUUUGAGGCAAAUUGACUGCAAAUUAUGGCAAAACAGCGGCCAAUGGAUCCGUCCGUUCGCACCACUCGUCACACGCAUUGAAGGCGUAGAGGAGAGCGACAAACGAGCGCUCAAUCAAUGCCACCGAUUGUCUCAUUUGUCUGUUCACCAAAUGUCAGAAGUGUUCAACGGAUCCGGAAGACUAUUGGCUAAGAAUUUGGUGGCAUUCAAAGUGAACAGCUAUUGGCCCUACGAUUACGAUCUAAUGUCAACAUUCGUGGCACACAAUCAAUCGCUAAGAAGUCUAUCAUUUUUUAUUUAUGACAAUCAACUCGUUUACAGCUCAUUGCGCGACAAACUUUGGCCCAAUUGUCACAAACAUUGGCCACGGCUUCAAGACCUGGCCGUUUGGAUGGGAGAUAUUGACGACAAAGAUGUUGUCAAGUAUUUGAAACGCUUCUCAAGACUACCGGCGCUGCAAACGGUUUUGAUCUCAGAUGUGGACAUCAAUAGACACCCCAAAGAUAGUGCGGUCGACAAUGUGUUGGCCAACGGUCUUAAGCUUAAGACUAUUGAAAUCGAAAUCAAUGAGGUGUCAAAGUUUUAUUGCCAUGUAAAUAAAAACGAGCCUGCUUAUAGCGUGGUGUGCACUCAUGGGGGACCUAUUGUGAGCUACGAGGUAUCAUCAAUGGGAAGCUCACCUCUCAAUACCGUAUUCAUCGAUCAAUUAAUUCUCGUUCCGGAUAACAAAUACUUGUAUUUUAACGGACAGUAUGUUAAGAACCUAGUGUUAAAAACUUGCGAUUUCCAGUAUAUAGUGUCCGGCAAUAGGGAGCAGAAAAUAGAGUUUUUUAACGGGAUUGUUGCCCCGUAUCUCGAAGUACUAACACUACUCGACAUUCAAUUUAAUCCGGUGGGUCUUGAGUUUGACUGGAUUGUGUUUGAUCUGUGGUAUUUAGACGUGAGACACAAUCAGUUAAACGUAUUUCCCGAGCAAUUAUUGCAAACACUUCCGGCGCUUAAAGUAUUAAAAUUGGGUCAAAACAGGAUCCGAACAAUAGAUGCCGUGAUUAUUGACCGAUUACUCAGCAAAUGUCAGGAAUUUACUUUUGACAAAAUUCCCGAGCCGGGAGACGUGAGUACAGUAUCGCCCGACGAGUACUUUAAGGCCACACCAGGCAUGCGAUGGACGCGGGAUGUAAUGGAAACGCCCCGAGAAUUACCAUAUUUUUUCUACGAGUCGUUAAAUCAGAUGAAAUGCAAGAUUAAUAACUCUAAAAAAGAGUUUUGCACUAAACUCGAUAAAAGUCAAUUUGUUUACCCAGAGAGAUGA